AAAGAAAAAAAAAGGCGAAGAAGCCAACAAUACCAUCCUUCCAAAAUUCAAACUCCGUCUCAGAGACGGACCCACACCGAUUAAUCUCACGCGCCGCCGUACGCGCCGCCAUUUCUGAACGAUGGAACAGCCGAAAGCAGAGACAGGGGUUCCGGUCAAGGAUCAGAAUCCAAAUCCGACGAUGACCGUCGAUCCAAAAGCCACGGUUCAGGGAGCAAAGGGAGUCGAGGACGCGAGCACCGAGAUAGCAUUGUCCGAUGAGAAUUUAUCUCAGGUCGAAAUCGAGACGAAAGGGAGCGAUCCAACGGCGGCGCAAGCGCAACCGCCGAUUCGAACGGGGUCUGGAUCGAAGAAAUCCGUUCAUUGGAGCCCCGAAUUGGUUUCCGGGUCUCAGGAACCGGAUCAGAGAGCUGCUUCGUCUUCCCCUGCCGGAUCUAAUCCGUAUGUUGCUCGUUCUCCAGCUGAGACCUCGGAUCCUUCGUUGAAAGAUACGAUGGAGUCUGUGAAAGGAGCGCUUGGGAGAUGGGGAAGGAAGGUUGCAGAAGCAGCGAAGAAGACGGAAAGCCUUGCCGGGAACACGUGGCAGCACCUGAGAACUUCUCCGAGUUUUGCUGAAGCUGCUAUGGGAAGAAUCGCACAGAGUACGAAGGUCCUUGCAGAAGGAGGAUAUGAGAAGAUUUUCCGACAAACUUUUGAGACCGUUCCCGAAGAACAGCUGCUAAAUUCUUUUGCAUGUUACUUGUCUACAUCAGCUGGCCCAGUCAUGGGAGUUCUAUACAUAUCCACAGCCAAACUUGCUUACUGCAGUGACAAUCCUCUUUCAUACAAAAAUGGUGGUCAAACCGAAUGGAGCUAUUACAAGGUAGUUAUACCAUUACAUCAACUUAAAGCAGUGAAUCCAUCAACAAGCAUAGUCAAUCCUGCAGAAAAGUACAUACAGGUAAUCUCUGUAGACAACCAUGAGUUCUGGUUCAUGGGUUUCUUAAACUACGAAGGCGCCGUCACAUCUCUGCAAGAGUCUUUGCAAGCCGGUGGUUUACGAUCAGUGUGAUGGUGAAUUCUUUUGAUGACCAUAUAAAGCCUCUUAAUGAUGAAACUCUGAAUUAUUUUGAUCUGAACUUUUUUUCUCUCAUUUUGCUUAGUUAUUAUCGUUUCAGAAGACUCGAUUAACAUUGUUUGCAUAAAUAUAAUCUCUAAAGAUCCUAUUUUUGCUAUAGAAACUAGCUGAAUCAAAUUCAAUGUCUUUUUUGUUU